UUGGCGUUAUGAACGCGUGCACGGCGGACGCCUUCGCACCACCGCCUCUGUCGUCAUAUUGUCACCAUCGCUGCUAUAAUAGUCGUGUCCGACCGUCGUCGUCACCGCGACGGAUCUCCGGUAAGCGGCCGUGCAGGUCGGUGUACAGGCACUGCGGGCGCCGGCCACAACGAUGGCCGCGGACGGCGGAGGGCUGAACGUGCCGUACGCCGUUCUUGAGGGCCUGGUGGCCAUCGGAGCGACCGUCGGCAACGGGCUGGUGAUCGUUGCCUUUCACAGGGAACGGCGACUCCGCCGGCGCACCAACUACUACAUCGUGUCGCUGGCGGUCGCCGACCUGUUGGUGGGUCUGGUGGGCAUACCGUGCGCCGUGCUGUCCAGCGUCGGGCUGCCCCGUCACCUGCACCUAUGCAUGUUCUCCGUUUCGCUAAUAAUCGUCCUGUGCACCGUGUCCAUACUCAGUCUGGUGGCCGUGUCGGCCGACCGGUACUGGGCCAUACUCUACCCGAUGGCCUACUCCACGAAUUCAAACACCAAAAUCGCAAUCAGCAUAAUAUGUAUCUGCUGGAUAAUGGGCCUGCUGAUAGGUUUCUUGCCACUAAUGGGCUGGAGAGCCGCCAAAGGUCCAACAUUGGACGCAUGCGAGUUCAGUAGCGUGAUGGAUUAUAACUACUUGGUGUUUUUAUACUUAGCGACUAUUAUUUUACCUGCGCUGUUUAUGGCCACCUCCUAUGCUCAUAUUUAUACAGUCGUAAUAAAACAAAUCAAGCAAAUGACGCUGUUGAACGGCGGCCAGCGCGGCGGAAACAGUCCGACGAAACUGCGUGUGCUGGGCGCGGCCCGGAAAAGCGAGGUGAAGGCCACGCAGAACCUGUCGAUAAUCGUCGCGUUCUUCGCCGUCUGCUGGAUGCCGCUGUACACCAUCAACUGCGUGCAGGCGUUCUGCGACGAGUGUCCCGUGCCCGCGUACUUCAUGCACGGCUGCAUCGUCCUGUCGCACCUAAACUCGGCCGGCAACCCGCUGCUGUACGCGUAUCACCUGAAGGACUUCCGGAACGCGUUUAGGUCGCUGCUGCUGUGCAAGAAGAGCCCGCUGCACCGGAACCCCGCGCCGUCGCGGUCGGGCUGCUGCACCACCGUCGCGGCCGUGACCGGCGGUGCCAGUGGAACCGCCGUCAACGGUAAUAACGAUUAUUCCGUCAGCUCGUCGCUGACGUGUUCGGGCAGUUCGUCCCUGUCCACCGUCGUCGACUGUUGGCGCCGGUCUGCCAAGAACGCUCGGUCUGCAGUCGACACGCCAUGUAGUGCAGCUGCAGGUGACCCGCGGUCUCCAGUCCAACAGCAGGCCCACCACGAGAUUGUUGCUUGGCCCGCCGACUCUGCAGUCUACAGCGGUGGCCGCUGCAACGCGAUAGCAAUAAUCGACCCGUCCGCUCCCGUGUUGCUGUCGGUCCGUCAGCUCGCCGAGUGAUCACCCCGACGAUCGCGUAUAAUAAUAUUUGAAUAACGAAUAUACAACGAUAAUAUUAGGAUAGAGUGGUCCCCGUUGAGACGGAUAUUGGAUGAUUGUAUCUCAUUAAAGAUAGAAAAGUGAUAGUACAUAUUUUCCAACUGUACCAAAGAAUUCAGGGAAUAGCAGAGCUUAUUAUAGAAUAUUAGAUAACCAUUUAAGAACGCUCAAAAAAUUGGUUUUUUAAAAAGUAGAAAGUGUCUCAUUAAAUCCAUAUUCCACAAUGGGACAAUCCGUGGUCCAAAACGAGGCCUCUGUUAAUUGUUAUUGCUUGAUUUAAAAUUAAAAUAUAAUCAUGAAAAAAUAACUUUUUUAAACUUACCUACAAACAUCAUAAAAUUUACACAGAGAUAAAGGUAUACACUAUAUACCUAUAUGGCUAUAUAUUAUUAAAUACCUACCUACGUAUUACAUAUUAUGUGAACAAAAAAAAAUGUUGCCUCAUUGAAGCCCAUUUGAUAGUUCUAUUUUAACAUGAUAAUCGCUAUCGUUAUCGUUUUAUUACUUCUACCAAUAUUAUUAUACGCGCUCAAGACGGGCCGACACAUUCAUCACUAUCGUAUAUGAUGUAAAUAAAACGAUGUUGAGAUCUUCGCUUCAUUUGUCACCGAUGACUUGGUUAGGUACCUUUGGUACCUAAUUUAACUUUUAAGUCACUUUAACCGUAUGUGCGUGUACAAUACACACAUACACAAAAUGUUUACUGUAUAUAAUAGGUAUUAUGUAUUAUGCUACCUGAGAGUAAUAAUGAUUCAAACUUAAACAUUA